UAUGGUGUCAACAACGUUGCUUUGCCUAGGCAAGGACAAAGAUGCAGGAUGCAGGGACGACAGCGUACCGCUUGGACCGGUUAAAAUGAAUCGCAGGGAGGACCCGCUGUUGCGGCAGCAUCGCACCCGUUUGCUGCAAUUAGCCGAGGUGACAAACAUCAAGCCUGGCCGUGGCAGCGGGAAAAGACGAGGCCAGAGGCAGUCUCACGGCUUCGGACCCAGUAAUGGAGGACCGAGCGCCGGAGGCCGGGUGACCCUGCAGGAUAUCGUCAGGAACGAUCCUGGAUACACGCCAAACAUCGAGCAUUUAGUAUUUCCGGAGCGCAAGAGCAGCAAUCCAAAUUUGGCGAAAACGGCCGACGAGUCACCGUCGAAUAAAUCCAAGCCGAACACGACGAGCUCGGGAAGGUCCAGGCUCGCCGAGGUGUUCUCCAGGCAUUACUCCAGGGGCUCAUCGCAGGACUCGUCCGUCACGUCUAGGCAGAAUCAUUUAAACAGCACGUCAUUGGACAGCGGAGGCGGUGUGCCCCAUCAGCCGGCUGGGUCAGGCAGUGGCAGUUUGGCGACGCGAGCCGGCGGUCGUCGUUGGCUGUCGCUGAGCUCGCAGUCCUCUGGCAGACAACAUUCGGCCGAGGACGGGGUACGUGGGGGCAACGUGGGCGUGAUAGGGACCGUUUCGUCCUCGUCCUCGAAUCAGGCCCCUGCUCCCGCCCUGCCGCCACGUAGAGUCAGUCCGGCAGCCGCGGAUUCAACCGACAUCGCGAACACGGGCACCGGAUCCCGCGGCGACAGAGGACCAAACGUCUCGGUUCUGCAUUUGCGGGGCACUUCCGACCCGUGGGAAGUGGGCUCCCAGGGAUCCGCGUACAGUGUCGGCAGCAAUAAAAGCCAAAGUAGUGGCAGAGGAAAAUCAAGCGGCAACGGGCGAGGCUCGUACACACGUGGGACAUCGAUUCCAUCGUUAAAACGCCAUGACGGGACGGCAUCGAUAUCCUCGACCUCGAGUUUAAAGCAACAUCGACAGGACAGCCAUGGACAGGUGACGAGCUCCACCCGCCGUCGAGAAUCCUCGAAUUCGUUCCUGUCCGGUAACAGCGGCACAUCCGGCGAACUUUUCAUCAGCGGCGACUGCAGCCGCGAAUUAUCGCCGGUCAGAUGGUGCGACCGGGAGGUCGAUGGCGUCUAUUUGGGUCGAUCCGGUUGGGUUCAAGUCCAGCAAAGAUCCCUGGACGAGAACAGACGGAUAAACUACGAGAGCAGUUUAGUCACUGCGACCACUGGUACGUUACCGUUACCACGACGAGCCACCGUGAAGUUGGCGGACUAUCAUUGCAACAGCGAGCCAGGAAAAUGUCCUCAGGAGUUCGGAAGAAUGGACAGUCAACGUCCGGACUAUCUGGCUCUGCACGGCCAAGACUUCGAUUCAGUAGGGAGCAGCGCUUGCACGUCGCCCCACAGUAUCCCAGAAUCCUAUUCGCCGCCGUCGAUCACGCCGAUUAUAUCGCCACCGCCAGCUUUCCAGGACGUGGUUGGCAAAAAAUCUACCGUGAAACACUCCUCCGGACGUGGCAACUACGGGAAGGCGCCGUUUUUGCCACGAUCUAACGCCAUCGUGGACAGCGACAUCAUCAGUCCACCUCCCUCGCCUCCUCACCAAGUGAACUGGAGCUCGUUGCCGUCUUCAUCCCGGAAGUCAUCGAGCACCCCGUCUAGGCCACGGAGACAGAACACUGGUACUCAACAGCAGCAGCAACAGCAACAACAGCAGCAGCAACAGCAACAACAGUAUCGAAUGGCACAAGCUAAAUCGUUAGAGGAUCCAUCUUCGUCAAGGAGGACGCAGUUUGUUCAACGGUACAUGGAAUCCUCGAGUUCCUCGUCGUCCUCGUUGGGCUUCCGUAGUCUCGACAGCUGCGUUCAGAGAUCCACCAUGCCCAGACUAUCCGAGAACACGGACUCAUCGGUGGAAGGAUACGACGACGGGGACGAAGACGAUAAUCCUAGCUCGUCCUUGAAUCUCAGUCUGGUCUCGUCGUCGAUCAUCGCGUUGAACUCGUCGAACGAGUCGAUACGAGCGAACGGCGAGCGAAUCUCGCCGAACAGACAGAGCCGUCAUCACAGAAGCCAACAGGGAUUGAGGAGAUCGCCCGGAUCCUCGGAAUCCGGGAAACAGUUGUCGUUCAAUUCGCCGUCGUCCUCGUCCUCCACGUCGAGCAGCGCCGAGAGGCAGGGUAGAUCACCGACCCCGAAUCCUUUUAGACGUGGAAACGCCGCGAGGCAACAUCAAAGCGCGAGGACGACGCAAGUGUCCCCGGAAUCUCAUCAGUCGCGGGUAAGAAGAUCCAGAAGUCUUCAAUUACCGGAGAAGAGGUCCCCAAGCGCCGCGGCGCCGAGCAGGGACCACUCGAGGGAGACUAACGAGCCCCAUAGAGUCGUUGUUAAAAUUUCCAAUGAUCGGGGAGGCGAUAGGAAACGUCACACGCUUCAGAACCGGAAAGCGCAGUCAACCGAGGACGCGUUAAAUGAAGAGCUGAUCCGCGAGACGGAGGCGGUAACCGAGUUUCUUUACGGGACAAGAAGUCGCGCGGUGGUUCGGAAUCUCCUUUCGAGCCGUUUCGAGCGUCGGGAUGAUAGUCAGGAGCAGAGACGAAACAAUCCGAACACUUACGACGUUUACUUCAUAUCAUCGAAGCAACAGUCACAGCAGCAAUCCUCGAAAUCGGCUGGCUCAUCGAUGCAACAACCAUCGCAACAACAACCACAGCAGCAGCAACAACAACAACAACAACAGCAGCAGCAAUCGCAGCAGCAGUCCAGACGUCCGAAGACUCUUCAAAGGGGCGCAACGACCCCGAACGCGAACGCCACGUCGUCGAAUCAGGAUUUUAGCCCAGACACAAAGUUACGUUGCAACAGUAGCACCUGUGAUUUCUGGCCGCACUGCUCGCAGAGGGACACUUUGUAUUCCCCCAACCAGGCGCCGGUAUUCAUGAAGCUGUCCCAGAGCUAUCCAGCUCAUCAGAGGCUCCCCGCGGACCCGGGGACGCACACGGGCAGAGGAAGCGCCAGCUCGUCCCCGGCUUCGUUAGAGCGAAUGGACGAUCGGGAGUAUCGGGAACGCGAGACAUCGCGAAAGAAUCGGGCCGGUCGUGAUCAAAACAAGUAUCAGGAGAGACAGCCGAAGAGCGUGCUGAAGCAACCGAAUCGUUGGUCGCCGCUCGAGGGAGGAUCCAAUGGGAAUAACAACGCUGUCGAGAAACGGGAGCAUCAUCGAUUUUAUAGAAAACCGGAUUACGCCGGCAGUUUCGAGGGUUGCGAAAACAAGGACAGAAAAGUGUCGCCGGUCCAAGGGAAAGGUAUCGCGAACCGAUCGCCGAGCGGUCAGCCAGCGUCCUCUUCGACCGCCUCGUCCUCGUCCAGCAGCGACAUUUGGGUCACUACCUCCGAUCGUACGAUGACGAAAAGUCCGCGAAACGCGAAAAGUUCCGGUGCAUCCACUCCCAUGGAGGACGCAGUGAUCGGCUCCCUGAAGACGUUAAUGGAGCCGCCGAAGGACGGGAUGCUGUCCAGGCCUGGAAGCGCUCCGACCAGAGGGGAGGAUUCUCUGCCCGUGGAGAUCUGCUUGGAUCCUCAACAACGGUCCCUGUCCCUGCCCAAAUCGUUCUUGACACACAACACCGACGGCGGCAAUAAAGGCGGCUCCUGGCAACGUGGGCAGAGUUCCCAAAGGUCAAGCCCUAGCCCCAGUCGACAUCACCACACGCAGGAAGCAGCCGCGCCUCACACGGCUCCAGUUUCCCCGUUGCACGAUCAACGUACGGCCGGCUACUCCGGGAAGGAGAGAAGACGGAUUCCUGGGCUGAGCAAGGCGCAGAGGCGUAUCAAAGCGUCAAGCACGCCGGCACUCUUGGAUCGUGAUAUAGAAAGUCGACAGUGGUCGGGCGACGAGGAGGACGAGGGGACAACCGGUCACGUAACAACCGAGCAUCCUCUCGCGGAGGCGACAAUCCCCUUGGUCUCCCAUUUGCGCCUCCAAGAACAGCCCUCCAACCUGAGUGGCAAUAUCGUGACCGCUUCCGGCGGCCAGAAUCCUCCCCGUUCGAGCACGCAGAGCCAGCAAGAAAGCGUGCUGCAGAAAUUCCGAAAGAGCUUCUCGUUGAGAUUCCACAAAAAGGGCAGCAAGGAGAGCAACGAGAGCGAGUGUCCGCCGGACGAUAACGAUGGCACCGGGCCUCCGGACGAUGAAGAGGACAGAGAACCGACCACCGUCGCCGAGCAAAUCCCCCAGCACAAGGAGGACACCAGCAACGACCAGAAAUUCCGGUUUGGUCCUCUCGUCUGGCGGAGUAGCAAGGAGAGGAAAAAGGGUAGCAAAGCUGCUAGAAAUGCGAAAUGCAACAGCGGGGAUAGUGGAAUACAGAUCGAGAUGGUAUCUGGUGGAGCAUUGACUGGGGGCGGUGGUGGAAUGAUGGGGGGCGGCGAUAGCUCCGAGUCCCACGACACGGAUGUCCAAGACGAGACGGACAGCCCUCCAGCCCUUCGUAGGCGAGUCGCCGACAAAUCACGACCCCAGUCCGAGCUCAUCAACCAGAUACUGAUCGACAAGUUUAAGGCGGAUCUGCAGAGUCGAACGUCGAGGCACCAGCAUGUACGUCGAACGAACAGCGAUUUAGGAGGUCAGAGGCUGCUCCAGUGGGACACGAGGUCUGGCUACAGCCACGCGCACAAUUACCGCAGGAUGCUCUCUACCCCUUCGCCUAUCAAGACCAGGCCUCCUAGGCUAAGCCCGAGGCACUCCUCCCAUGACAUCGUUACGCUGAGAAGUAACGCGAAAGGGAGGAGCGCUCGGACAAAUUUGAGGCGAUCACUUAGUCAGCCACUGGGUAUCAAUCAGCUAUCACCCUUGAUGCGCACCAAAACUGCAGGUGCGAGGCUGCCCGGUGGUGGUAAUGUCCUGUCGGAGGACGAACAGGACGGACGAGGUGGAACGUCGGACGACGAGAUGAUGUCCGACUCGGAGUCCUCCAUCGCAUCCUUGACGGACAGAAAGAAAUCCUUCGAGCAGACGAUGGACGAGGAGGUCGUGAUACUGGCUGAAGCUGUUUGGGACCACGUGGCGAUGGAACCAGAAGAGCUGGCUUUCCGUGCCGGCGAUGUGAUCGAAGUUCUGGACAAUCUCGACAAAGAUUGGUGGUGGGGUAACUGUAGAGGCGAGCAUGGCUGGUUCCCGGCUGCAUUCGUUAGGUUACGUGUAAGUCAAGAGGACACGGUCGAGGAUUGUUUGGCGGCAAUGGCCUCCGGUGGCACGUCUAACUCCCAGCUGAGAAGACGCACAAGUAUAUCGUUACUGUCGAACGAACAAGUCAGAGCGAGCGUGGUUCGCGAGCUGGUCCAAACCGAACGAGAUUUCGUGAAAAUUCUGAGGGACGUCGCGGAGGGCUACAUAGCCGAGUGUCGGCGACGAACGGAUAUGUUCAACGAGGAACAGAUCGAAACGAUCUUCAUCAAUCUGGAGGAACUGUUGGACUUUCAGUCCGAGUUUUUGAAGGAUCUCGAGUCCAGGAUAGACUGGAACUCUCCGUACAAAAGCUGCGUCGGCGAAUGCUUUUUGAAUCAUAGAGCAGGAUUUCGUAUGUAUUCGGAGUACUGUAACAGUCAUCCGAUGGCUACCGUCACGUUGCAAGAACUUUACCAGCAUAAUCGUUAUAGCAAAUUCUUCGAAGCCUGUAGACUAAUGAGGGGCUUAAUUGAGAUUCCGUUGGACGGAUAUUUGUUGACGCCCGUGCAACGAAUAUGCAAAUAUCCGCUUCAAUUGGCGGAACUGUUGAAAUAUACGAAAACCGAUCACCCGGAUUACCAUAAAAUCCAGGAAGCCCUUGAAGCGAUGCGAGGAGUCGCGGUCUUAAUUAACGAAAGAAAGAGGCGAAUGGAGAGCCUGGAGAAGUUAGCCGCGUGGCAGUUAAGGGUCGAAGGAUGGGAGGGUGAAGAUCUCAUAGAAGUUUCGUCUCAGUUAAUUUACCAAGGUGAAGCGAUGAGAGUCACCACUGGCAUGUGGACGAACAAUAUCACUUUGUUUCUGUUCGACCAUCAGUUAGUUUACUGUAAGAAGGAUAUUCUAAAACGAAACACUUAUGUAUUUAAAGGCCGCAUUUACCUUGACACAAGCGAGGUGAUCGACGUCCCCGAUGGGAAAGAUCAUCAAUCGGGAGUAACAGUGAGACACUGUUUAAAGAUAUACAGCUGCGUUCGAGACAAAUGGUUACUCUUCUGUUGUCGCACGGCAGAGGAGAAGCGACGAUGGUUGGCAGCCAUGGCGGAGGAACGGAGGCUAGUUGCUCAGGAUAGAAAUGAUGGGCUGGAAUUUCCAGCGGCAGCCAGACAGCUGGCCAGGCUCGCGGCGUCGACACAGCAAAAUAGGCCGCCAAUCAAACCUCGCAACAAAACGUACAAAAGGGAAUCGGCUUACGAGAUGCCUACUAUGGUCGGACAAGGCGCAACGAACUCGUUGGGACGCAAAGUUGGCACUUGGUUUACGUUUGGCAGCAGCAAAAAAAGUACUCGGCCUCAGCCAUCCUGAGACAGGCCUACCUUCGUACCAUACAUUGACCUAUAAAACUCUGACGAGACGCGCUUAAAUCGUUGCUCCGCGACCCAGACCCAAGUACAUAUUACCCAACAUGUAAGAAACUGUUUGAAGUUUUUUUGGAUUGGUUUAAUCUGACUUCCUUUAUUGUCUCGACGUUUUUCUCACCGAAACUCGAAAUUGUAUUUGCACUGGCUCAUUGGAGAUAUAAGCGAUCCUAAGCGCUCGUCAUAUGUAUGGGACGAAGGUAAUUGAUUUAUAUGAUCAUUAAAUUUCAAUUCAUAAUUGUUAUCAAUUCCAUAGCAUUGAUACAUCCUGUUGACAGGGUAGCAAGACUCAGCUACAAUUCUCAUCAGUCCAAUUUUAGUACUAUUAUUUAAUUUAAACGUAUACGGUUCGAUAAGAGAGGGUGUAAGUCUGCAUCACCAACGAUAUUUAUUUCACUGCCUCAUGGAAUGAUUCUUCAUUAAUCGGUCUGUCACCUUAAAAUCAUAAAGAUCACUGUACGGAGUGACAAGGUAUUAUCAUUUAGAUUUGCUUAGCAAAUAAUAAACGUUGUUUGUUCUAAGUAUUGGUUCAACCACAAAAACCUAUUGUUAACUUAAAUUAACUAAGUUUACAUAAAGGAGAAUAUCCACACAAACAACUUUAGGCCAGUGUUCUUGGGUAGGAGGAACAUUAUGGAAAUAAAAAAGAAUAUGUUAAGUAGUUAUAACAGUUGAAGGAAAUGGAAUGAGUACUAAACUGAUCAUGUUAGA